AUGGGCUGCCUUUACGGUGGAAUUAGAGCUGCCUACUCAAUUGAGAAGGAAUUUGGAGAUACAACAAGAGCCAGCCAAUGCCAGGAAAGAGCUGAUGAACUAAAGAAAGGAGUUAUGGAGACAUUAUGGGAUUCAGAAACAAAAAGAUUAUAUAGAGGUAUAAGAGAUAACGAUCUUAAAGAUCCUGAUACAAAAGCUGAUUCAGCAUCAAUGACUUGUGUUUUCUUCGGAUUGUUGGAUUCAGAAAACGCCUUAAGUCACUUGAAUUUUAUCAAAUCUAAGUUGACAAAGCUCGAAAGUGGCAUUGCAAGGUACGAGAAUGAUCCUUACUUCUACGACUCCGUUUGGAACCCAUGUGGUGAAGGAACAAUGGAAACACAACAGGCAGAACCAGCUUGGCCAGUCGUAACCGCUUACGUUGCUUGGUCGGAGCAUUUACUCGGUAUUGAUUUCCAAAAGAGACUUGAUUGGAUGGUCAAAUACGCAGCUUUCGGAAAUAUGCCAGUUGGUGAAGGUGUUGACUCAAAAGAUGGAGCUAUGAUUGUUCCUUCUGCACCUGACUGCUUCGAACAUGCUGGUGUUUACGUAUACUCUGUUUUACUCAAGGAAGGAAAAGUCAAAUCUUUAGUUUCUACAUUCUAA